CCAUGCUGCCGGGGACCUCCCACUUCUGCUUUCUGGCUUGUUUUGCAUGCUGGCACUUUAAGGAAAAGGCACUUACUUCCCUAAUUGCAGACACUUGUCUUCUGCUUUCUCUCCUUUUCGGCUGGCUGUUUUCCUAAGAUACUUGUUUCUGUUUUGGUGCUUCUUUUCUUCCCACGCUCCCUGCUGCCCGGCACCUGGGAUUCCAGAUCUGCAUUUGAAUCCAGGAAAGGAAGGUGGAUACCUGCUCAGGUGUGUGCCCUCUCACCUUGAAGCAUGGCUGGGGCCAUGGCUGAUAGUGCCAACCACCUGCCCUUCUUUUUUGGCAACAUCACCCGGGAGGAGGCGGAAGAUUACCUGGUGCAGGGGGGCAUGAGCGACGGGCUCUAUCUGCUGCGCCAGAGCCGGAACUACCUGGGCGGCUUCGCGCUGUCCGUGGCCCACGGGAGGAAGGCGCACCACUACACCAUCGAGCGAGAGCUGAACGGCACGUACGCCAUCGCCGGCGGCAGGACCCACGCCAGUCCGGCUGACCUCUGCCACUACCACUCCCAGGAAUCUGACGGCCUCAUCUGCCUCCUCAAGAAGCCCUUCAACCGGCCCCCCGGGGUACAGCCCAAGACCGGGCCCUUCGAGGACCUAAAGGAAAACCUCAUCAGGGAAUACGUGAAGCAGACAUGGAACCUGCAGGGGCAGGCGCUGGAGCAGGCCAUCAUCAGCCAGAAGCCGCAGCUGGAGAAGCUGAUCGCCACCACCGCCCAUGAGAAAAUGCCCUGGUUUCACGGAAAAAUCUCUCGGGAAGAAUCUGAGCAGAUUGUUCUCAUAGGAUCAAAGACAAACGGAAAAUUUUUGAUCAGGGCCAGAGACAACAACGGCUCCUACGCCCUGUGCCUGCUGCACGAAGGGAAGGUGCUGCACUACCGCAUCGACAAGGACAAGACGGGGAAGCUCUCCAUCCCCGACGGGAAGAAGUUUGACACGCUCUGGCAGCUAGUUGAGCAUUAUUCUUACAAAGCAGACGGUUUGAUAAGAGUUCUUACAGUUCCCUGUCAAAAAAUCGGCACACAGGGAGAUGUCAACUUUGGAGGUCGUCCACAGCUUCCAAGUUCCCAUCCUGCGACUUGGUCAGCGGGUGGAAUAAUCUCAAGAAUCAAAUCAUACUCCUUCCCAAAGCCUGGCCACAGAAAGGCCUCCACCUCCCAGGGCAGCCGGCCGGGCAGCGCCGCCUCCUUCAAUCCUUACGAGCCAGAAGCAGCGCCCUGGGCCGCGGAGCGAGGCCCCCCGAGGGAAGCCCUGCCCAUGGACACCGAGGUGUACGAGAGCCCCUACGCCGACCCCGAGGAGCUCAGGCCCAAGGAGGUUUACCUGGACCGAAACCUGCUGACGCUGGAAGACAAAGAGCUGGGCUCCGGUAACUUCGGGACCGUGAAAAAGGGCUACUACCAAAUGAAAAAAGUGGUGAAAACGGUGGCUGUGAAAAUACUGAAGAACGAGGCCAACGACCCUGCUCUCAAGGACGAGCUGCUGGCAGAAGCCAACGUCAUGCAGCAGCUGGACAACCCGUACAUCGUGCGCAUGAUCGGGAUCUGCGAGGCCGAGUCCUGGAUGCUGGUCAUGGAGAUGGCGGAGCUCGGCCCCCUCAACAAGUUUCUGCAGCAGAACAGGCACGUCAAGGAUAAGAACAUUAUAGAGCUGGUCCACCAGGUUUCUAUGGGAAUGAAAUAUUUGGAGGAGUGCAACUUUGUGCACAGAGAUCUGGCUGCAAGAAAUGUAUUGCUGGUUACUCAACAUUAUGCCAAGAUCAGUGAUUUUGGACUUUCCAAAGCACUUCGUGCUGAUGAAAACUACUACAAGGCCCAGACCCACGGGAAGUGGCCGGUGAAGUGGUACGCCCCAGAGUGCAUCAACUACUACAAGUUCUCCAGCAAGAGUGACGUCUGGAGCUUUGGAGUGUUAAUGUGGGAGGCGUUUUCUUACGGGCAGAAGCCGUACCGAGGGAUGAAGGGAAGUGAAGUCACUGCUAUGCUAGAGAAAGGAGAGCGGAUGGGAUGCCCCCCGGGCUGUCCCAGAGAGAUGUACGAGCUGAUGAACCUGUGCUGGACGUAUGAGGUGGAGAACAGGCCCGGAUUCGCACAGGUGGAGCCACGGCUGCGGAAUUACUACUAUGAUGUGGUUAACUAGCAGCUCUCGUCCUUGUUUGUGGCUGCCUUUGACCAGGAGAGCUGGCUUGAAUGGAGCAUGCCUGUGCCUCGACACACAGGGCGCCCGGGCAGCCCUCGCAGGGCACUCCCAGGCCCGGGAGGAGGACGGACAGCAGGAUCCCAGGGCCCACUGGGUUCGCUUGUUUGCUUGGCCAUGUGAUUCUCAUGACAGGUUAUUCCUCGGGUCUGUUUCCGACUCCCUUUGGUGCCUUCCCCUCGUCUGGGUCCGGGCUGCAUUUGCACACCCGGCAGGCCUAGAGGCAUUGCCAGGUGGUGUGCAAUGCUCUCACCCAACUUGGCAUUUUGAAAUGUCCGAGGGUGCAGUCAGCAUGUGACCCCCAGUGGAGGGUGGAAGCAGAGGAGGAGGGAUCUGGCUGCCUCUAGCAUGAUUCUGACAGCCUACAGGGCUGGUGCCUGGCCACAGAAAACCUUUCCCGACAAUAAAAGUACUUUGAGUAAAAAUCAAGUUUGACCGCUGCAGUUUCUAAGCAGGUAGUCUGCUAAGGAAGAACAAAAAAUGCCCGGACGCUGCUUUUGCUCUCUGUGCUACGAGACAGAAGACUUGGAGCGGUGUGCAGAAUGAAAACCGUUUGACUCAAUGGGCUUGGCCUCCUCCCCGGACACCGUGCUGCAGACUGCCUCGGAGCCUGCUCUUGCACGGUGACUGGCAAGUAGAGCUCUGUGUGGAGGCUGCGCAGGAAGGCAGGACGCCCGUCACCCUCGUCCGACCCAGGACAGCAGAGCGCUUAGGGCUGUCAUCCCGCUGUGUGGCCCGCGCUUCCUCCGCUCCAGAGGGUGCGGCCAGAAUCCCCUUUCUCUGUAUCUGUAACGGAGGGUGACAUGCUGGCUGCUGUCAUAUAAAGAAGAGAUUCUAAGAAGGUAUUAAUUCAUAAUAAAGCCAAAGGCCCCGACCCCUCACCGCAGACAGGCCUUACUGAGUGUGACUCAGAGGCCACUUUGGCCUGAGUGUUCAAGGCCUGAGGACCCUUUUCUAGUCUUCCAGUCUUAGCUAAGCCUUGGCUUCAUGUUCGCUCUUGCACAAGUCAUCACCCAUUGAUGCCAGUUUUGCCGUGGCCCUUGAAAGUCAGGGAUAUCUAGCCAUAAUUCGUACCUCAGCAGAUACUCGUGAUCUUGGACCUGUCUCAUCUUCACCCACGCGUGAGACAUUUUAAAGUGCAGAGGCAGCCCGGGCAGCAGAGAGGGCUCCUGACGGGGAGCAGGGAGCAAGGCACAGAGGGGAGCGUAGGACCCUUGCUCAGCCAUGGAAGACAGGAGUUCCUCACAGAACGUGUGCUAAGAACGGUUUAGAAGCCAUGCACGCACUUGGGAAUCCUACUACCUGGUGGUCUGAUCGUUUUGUUAAAGAGAGGGUCUCUGAGUGCUGAACAUGUUGAGCAGAUUCUCAGAACACACUUAGAGUCACUGAAAUUGAACAUAUCAAUGACCAGAUCUCUGUGGGUCAAGCCACAGAUAGCUGUAGAAUCACAUAUGGUUGAUUCUACAGUCUCAGGUGAGGGAGGGCUGAGUGUACAGGACUCGGUGCCAGGGUGAUCAAGUCUCAGACAGUCUGUGCUGCAGGACUCUCAGUGCCUUCCUGCUUUUGCCCCCAGAAUGUGUUUUUGAUUCAGGCCACAUGCUCGUAGGAAUGAGGGCACGCAUAGGCAGUCAGUGUGCAGAGCUCUCUAUACCUUCCUUCCAUGUGAUUUCCUGGCCUCUUAGCUGCACCCCGCCCCCCAGGAGUCUGCGGAUGGCAGACAGCCAGAACGGGACUGGGCAAGGGGGUGCAGGGUCUCGCCUCCCUGCUGGCAGCCGCCAGCCGGGCAGUAUCCUGAUGGUGGACAGUCUCCUGGGCGUCUCCCUUGGGAGGGCAGGUCUUGUGUGCAGAAUCCCUACUGUGCCAGUACGAGAAAGUCUUGUCCAGUGAAAAUUCUGCCCUAGGAAUAAUUCUCCUUUCCCCUGGGGUCACAGAAAAGAGCAAAUAGGGAAAGGCAUCUAAAAUUGAAGAGGGAUCUAUAAUGUGAAAAGGGCUGAAUUUGGAAGAUUUGAGAAAGGUCUCUGUGGCCUCUUCUAGAGCACCAGCUUGGGCCAGACUGUUGCACGCACACUGCCCCUUGGGCUGCAAUACUCUGGUUUUUCCCUGCGGCUGGGCUCACUCCAUGUGCCUUUUACUUUCUGGUCCUUCUUUAGCAGGGAACAAAAGAGCAUCACACAUAGACACAUGUCCCUGGCCGGUAUCACGUUGACUGCUGAGGCCGUGAAUACCUUGUCCCCCAGCAGGACUGAAUGUUUCUACAACAGAACACAGUGUGUUCAGUGGUGAAAUCAUUGCACACGUGCUUUUUUCCGAGCACAUCCUUCCCCUGCACGUCCCGUUGCCCAGCCCUGCUUGUGUGGGCCAGGUGGUAACUUCACAUUGUUGUCGCCCACUGACUAUAAGUCCACCUGGAUUUUCACUUGCAGAGGCCAUGGCUGGAUUUCCAGGCCUCCCAGCCUCCCGGAGAGCUCACCACCGAUUAGCAGUGUAUCCUGUUUUUCAUUUAUUUCUGAGGAGCUCCAUUUUGUCGUUGAACAUUUUCUUAAACUGUGAUUUUUAAUAAAAAUUUAAAAUUAGCUUUGUGAUGAUUUUCAUGGAAGUUAUUAGGAUAUGGUAGGUAACAGUCAAAUAGUGGCAAACAGCAUUGUCACAUGUGCAACAUGUUUCUACCAUGUUAAGUCCCCUGCCAUCGCCUAGAAAGGCCGUCUGUGAGCUCCUAACACACACAGGUGAGCAGUCCGUCAGGGAGGGCCCUGUCUUGCCAGAAAAGGUCUGUAUCUUCUGUUCACGGGCAGGGUUCUGCCCAGUGAGGGCCUGACAGCCCACAGCCUGCCGUAAUAGCAGGUGGACUGAGGAGACCCAGAAAUGCCAAUAGAUGUGGCUGCGAGCUGUCCCUUUCUCCUUGAAGACAGCGUAAGAGGCACUGCCGGAGACAAGCUCUUUGAAGACAGCGUAAGAGACACUGCCGGUUCCAGAGUGCUGAUCUCCUGUUCUAAAGGAGGUACACACACAUGCACAAAUGCACACAAAUACAUACACAUAUAUGUAUGUGUGCACACAGCCACACGUAUAUAUGCAUCCACAUGUGCAUGUGCACAUACACAUGCACAUACAUGUGUUUGUGUCCCCACAUGCAUGAAUACAUACAUGCACGUGUGUUCACAUAUACAUGGAUACACAUACAUACAUCUGUGCGCAUACAUAUACAUGCACACAUAAACGUGUAUGGAUACACGUGUGCACAUGUGUCUGUGCAUGCAGUGCACUUGUGUAAACAUGCAUACACAAACACAUGCAUAUAUACAUGUGUACCCGUGUGCAUGCAUAUACACAUAUGAAGCCACAUACAUGCACACACAAAUACAACAUAUGCAUACAUACGUGUGUGCACCAAACAUACAGACACAGACACACAUUGCACAAACAUACAUCACACAAAUAUACCACACAAGCACAUACACAUAGACACAUGUUGAACCUUAUUGCAAAUAACCACUAAAAAAUCCACAUGGCCCAGUCAUCCCACCAUGGACCCCUCCUGUCUGGUCAAGCACUGGGGCUCCCCUGCCAUACUUUUCUGUCCUAGCCCCAGCAGGUCCUUUCUGUGAGCCAAGUCAGAGGUUUGGAGGAAAUGGCAAGGCUGGCUGGGCUGAGCACCCCUUGGCCGGCCAGGAGACAGCAUGGGCACAGACUGCCCAUGGCCCCUGGGCCUGGGGUACUGCUCCUGCCGCAGCGGGACAGCAGAGGACGGUGAAGUCAGGAGAGGAUGCCACACACAACAAACCACUGGCUCUAGCACUGACCUUAGGCGUGUUACUUACACUGAGUCCUGAAGCUCUGCAGUUUCGAAUGAACAUGCCUGGGCUGACCGUGUGAGUGCUGGCACAGCGCCUCAUUCUAAAACCCAGUGGAUGCCAUGGUGUGUGCUGCCCACACCUGCGGCCACCUGCUGGGGAGGCCUCUGCAGGCGGGCCUCUCUCUGUGUGGCUCAGGAAAUCAGGGCUGGCGUUUUCCUUCCAAGCCUUCAACCUCGGGAGGGGGAAGCCUUUGCAAUGUGUCACUGCACUGAUAGCAUGAGGUGGCUUUAUCACAGUAUGAACUCCAGCAGGCAGAGAGGCGGUUUAAGACCUCUUGUCCUUUAGAGAUUGGGAGGGGACUUCAGAACUGGGUGAUAGAUGUGUUCUCAUUUCAGGGAGGAUUGGAAGCGCUUUGAAAGCCAAAAGGAGAUUUUGGUUUUUAAAUUGUCUUUAAGUUUGGGAUGAAUAAUACAGUGUCCCUUUCCUUCUCCCGGACACUGGCUUGUGGCCCCAGGGUGGACAUGUGUCCCGUGUCAGGAAAAGCAAGUCCCACUAGAGCACCCCAGCCUCUCUGCGUCAGGCGCCAGCAGCAGCCGAGCACGCUGGGGCCGCCGCCCACUCUCCCUGCGCCCUGCCCUCCAUGGCCCGAAGCUUCCGAUGAGACGCCUGAGAAGGCAUUUCACAAAGUGUCUUCCAGGGAAUGAUGAUCUGAAAAGGGGAGGCAUGCUGCACGGCAAGCAGCUCCCUGAUUAAAUAACUGAAAACACGGCUGAGUACAUACACGGGGCCCACUGAUCUAUCGAAAGCUCCGCGGACGGUUGCAAACAAGUCCUUGUCACAGAUCUUAUCUAGCUCAACGUUUUUCUGACUUCUUGGAACACAGAACCGCUAUGUGCUUGAUGCCUGUUAGCGGGCUGAGCUGCUGUUCCUCAACGCACAGCGGGAAGCGCUGUGCUCACGGAGAUCAGGGAGGGGUCUGUAAAGUGCAUCACUGGGCGUUUGUGGAAGGGUCAUUUUGUGUCUUGAAACCAUGCCCAGGAAGCAGUUACUUGUCUUUUUAUUAACUGAAAAGCCAGCCCUGUCCUGUCAGUUCUCAAAGGCUGGCUGUUCACACAUCAUAUAUUCUCUCUCUCUCUCUCUCUGACCCACACACACCCAGGACACACAUAAAACGAUCUUUCCUCCAAAGAAAAAGAGAAGAAAUUAUGGCAUUUUGAUAGAGCAGGAGGCUCCAGGGUCCAGGAUUGGAUGUUUCAUUACAGAGAGCUCUUUUUAAGGCCACUUACUUAUUAUUUUGCAGUUUUGCAAAAUUAACCUAGAGAAAGAACACUUUUCCGGAGCCACUGCCGCUGCACCCAGUGAGCACACUGCAGCGCCCCGCGUCCUGAGCUAGUGGCUCCAGGCGUCCUGUGUCUGCUGAGCCCCUUCUCAGCCUGGCGCUGCUGGUCACUGCUCCCUCGGGGGUCCCAGAUGACCAUGUGAUGCCCACAGCCCACAUGCCACUCAGAUAGGGACAGUUCCAGGAACGACUUCUUUUUUUUCUUUCGCUAAGCAUUAUGUUACCAAAGCCGUGAGUCAUAAGACUUUAAACUUUCGCAAUCUUGGAGGUCUUUCAAUGACUCAUUUUUAUACAACUGUCUUCAGACUGUGGAACAAUGAGUGAAAAUGUAUGUUGUUCAUAAACAACUCUUCCUCAUUCAUAAAAACAAAGAGCCAGUGUCCGAUACUGUUUGUUCUCCACAGCUCAUAUCAAAUGACGCCAUGGAUUUCCUCGCACCGCCAGGGCUGACAGGCCUGUGGAAGGGCGGGCACUGCCGUUUCUUCCCGACGGGGCGGC